AUGGAAGAAGACAUGGAAGAAGACAUGGAAGAAGACCCAUUUUUGUUAAAUGGAGGGUGGUCUAGGUGGGGCAGCUGGAUGUCAUAUGGAAAAUGUAGUAAUAAAUGUGGAAGAGGAACCCAGAAAUACGUAAAAUAUAGGACAUGUACCAACCCGAGGCCACGUAACGGAGGCAGCAGAUGUUACGGCAGUAGCAUUAGAUACAUGUACAAGUCCUGUUAUCGCCGCCACUGUGAUCCAAAAUGGUCUGCAUGGGGCAGCUGGAGAGCAGUAGGGAAAUGUAACUGUGGGAAAGGAACUCAAAAAUACGUCAGAUAUAGGACAUGCUUAAACCGAGGACUACGUUAUUGGGGCAAAAAAUGUUACGGAAGGAGGAAAACAUAUAAAUAUAAACCAUGUCGUCGCUCCAUUUGUGAUCCAAAAUGGUCUGCAUGGGGCAAAUGGAGAGCAGUAGGGAAUUGUAACUGUGGGAAAGGAACUCAAAAAUACGUCAGACACAGGACAUGCCUAAACCGAGGCCUACGUUAUUGGGUCAAAAGAUGUUACGGCAGGAGGAAAACAUACAAAUAUAAACGAUGUCGUCGCUCCAUUUGUGAUCCAAAAUGGUCUGCAUGGGGCAAAUGGAGACCAGUUGGAACUUGUAACUGUAGGAAAGGAACUCAAAAAUACGUCAAAUAUAGGACAUGCUUAAACCGAGGAAUACGUUAUGGAGGCAAAAGAUGUUACGGCAGGAGGAAAGCAUAUAAAUAUAAACAAUGUCAUCGCUCCACUUGUGAUCCAAAAUGGUCUUCAUGGAGCAAAUGGAGACCAGUAGGGAAAUGUAACUGUAGGAAAGGAACUCAAAAAUACGUCAGAUAUAGGACAUGCUUUAACCGAGGACUACGUUAUGGAGGCAAAAAAUGUUACGGCAGGAGGAAAACAUAUAAAUAUAAACCAUGUCGUCGCUCCAUUUGUGAUCCAAAAUGGUCUUCAUGGGGCAAAUGGAGACCACUAGGAAAAUGUAACUGUAGGAAAGGAACUCGAAAAUUCGUCAGAUACAGGACAUGUCUAAACCGAGGCCUACGUUAUUGGGGCAAAAGAUGUUACGGCAGGAAGAAGACAUAUAAAUAUAAACCAUGUCGUCGCUCUAUCCAAAAUGGUCUGCAUGGGGCAAAUGGAGACCAGUUGGAACUUGUAACUGUAGGAAAGGAACUCAAAAAUACGUCAGAUAUAGGACUUGUCUAA